AUGUUUUUCGUUAGAGUUUCUGUGGGAUUAAACCUGAGAUCUAGUCGGCACUUAAUGAUGAUGUUGCCAUUAUUACCAUUUUCAUUGUCAUCAUUCAUUUAUUUUUGCACUCUUUCUGACAGGUUUGGCCUGUCUUUUCAAGAACAUGAAGAUGAAUCUAAUGGUUCUGAGGUAGAUUCAGAUGAGAUUGGCAAGCCUCAUUUUUCUUGCAUAACAAAAGUCGUUGGUUUCCUAGACAAGGAACUUGCUGCUAGUGGUUUUACUAGAAAGGAUCAGGAUGACAUUGACAAG